AACCAGCCUAUAUAAAGGAAGACGGUUGUAGCGAGAGUUGUGCCAGUCGAGAGUUUUGAAGGAGUAUCUUUGAAGCUUGGUUUGAGUUACUGUGACCAACGCAGAAAGGAAGCAGACGUAGAACCCGAAGCCACAUGUGCGGAAGCAGGGGGGUGACACAGAUACCAGGGAACAUGUGUCUGUGAGCUUUUCGCUGCUGACUCUUUGCUGUCUGAGAGACCAUGCCGGGGCAGGAGAACAAGUUGUCGGUGCGUCGCUGCCUCACCUUUGCUACGGGCCUGGUGGAGUGUCUCUGUUUUGCUGGAGCAGUGUUUGGAUGGGCUUCCCUCGUUUUCGUCCUGAAGGAGGACCGUUACUACAGCUCUCUGUGUGUUAAUGCCACAGGACUAAACGGCACACAAACUCUGGACUGCAGCGCACAGGAUGAAAGGUUCUCGCUGAUAUUUACCAUCGCCUCCUUUUUGAACAACUUUCUGACGCUGCCCAAUGGGUUCCUCUUUGAUCGAUUCGGUACAACCGUGACCCGACUCUAUGGAAUAUUCUUUUACACCAUGGGUACCUUGAUGGUGGCUUUCUCCUCACCAGCUCUGGCCUACCUACUCUUUCCGGCUCUCUCUUUCGUGGCAAUUGGAGGCAUCCUAUUUCUAAUGACAAACAUGCAGAUCGGUAACCUGUUCGGCUCCCGGCGCUCCACCAUCAUCACUCUCUACAACGGGGCCUUCGAUUCUUCCUCAGCGCUCUUUCUCGUCAUCAAGCUGUUGCACGAGUCUGGCGUCUCCCUUCGUGCCGCCUUCCUCUUUCUGUCCUCCUGCAGCGUCAUUCACAUCCUCAGGACGUUCUUCCUGCUGCCCAGAAACUUCAUUCCUUACCCGCUGCCCGAUCGCUACACAUAUGGGGUCUCUUGUGGUAAAUCAGAGGCGGCGAGCCCAGAGGUGGCAGCAAACGGUCAGCCACAUUCAGGAGGUGAAGAAACGCCGCUCACAAAGAAUGCUCCUGUCAAGCAAGAGAGGACUUUCCGUGAGUGUUUGCUGUCCAGGUUCUUCAUCUUCCACCUGCUGUGGCUGUCGGUGAUGCAGCUCAGGCACUACCUGUUCAUCGGCACCCUCAACCCCAUGCUGCAGCGGCUGACAGAGGGAGAGCCCUCGCUGGUGAGCCAAUACACCAAUGCAUUUGCUAUCACCCAGCUGUGUGGAGUGCUGUGUGCUCCCUGGAACGGCCUCAUUAUGGACAGACAUAAAAGGAAACCUCGAGCUGCAGGAGAGACGGAGCAGGAAGUGGACCUGCGGGCCUCUGUGCUGUCUCUGUUCCUGACGGCGCUGCAGUGCGUGCUGUUCUCUGUGUGUGCCUCCACCCCCUACCUGCCGCUUCAGUACCUCACCUUCGUCCUGCAGGUGCUGAACCGCUCCUUCCUCUACGGCGGCAACGCGGCCUUCAUCAGCGUGGCCUUUCCUUCCUGCCACUUUGGGAAGCUGUAUGGUCUGGUCAUGGCUCUGUCUGCGGUGUUUUCUCUGCUCCAGUAUCCCUGCUUUGCUCUGGUGAAAGGAGCUCUGGGCGGAGAUCCCUUAUACGUCAACGUCGGCCUGACGCUGCUCAGCCUGCUGGCCUUCAUACAUCCGUUCUUCGUCUACCUGCACUGUCGAAAGGCCGCCUCUGAGAGAGCAAGGAGCUAAGCCUCAUCUUAAAGAGCGUAAAACAGGAUCUGUGUUCAAGUUUUCCACCUCACAGUGUUAUCAGCUGGUUCUCGCAUGGCUGGACACCAUUUCCUCACAAGAAAUUAAAAGAAACUUGUCUUCAGUACGUUACGGGAAAAUUUCCAGUUUCGACCUAGCUUAGGUUUAGCCAGAGUUUUACUUAUAGAUUGGCCUAAACGUCUAAGGGAAGAUGCUCAGGAGCCUGAAGUUACAAGUCCUGACAGUCCAAGGUGUCAAGUUAAGGGAUUAAAGCCCUAAAACAACAGCUAAUUUCAGACCAAAACCUACCCCACCCCCAUGCCACUAUCUAUAAUACGGGGGCCUGUAUUUUGUCGACACUCUGCAUUUUAGUAUGAAACUUCAACAUUAACACAAGUGUGAUGUUUAUACAGAAAACCUGCAUAACUGAUGAUAAAUCAUUGAAACCUUACAUGUGGACAAAUAACUAUCAUAAUGGACCAGGGUCUUUUUCUAGGAUAAAAGUAACCAUUCUACAAAUGGGGUUUGAAUUAGAACCUGCCAUCCAUGAAUGCUCCCUCACCGUGUAGUGUUAUAUUCUGCUAAACUCUGGGAGCAUCCAUCUAUUCAUCCAUUAUCUAUACCUGCUUAUUCGUAGAGAGUCUCAGGGGGAGGCUGGUGCCUGUCUCCAGUGGUCAUUGGGUGAGAGGCGGGGUACGCUCCGGGAUAAUGAAGGGAAAGUUUGUCUGUUAAAAUAAUAAGAACAAGAAAGAAAUGUAGAAAAAGGAACAAAAAUGUGAAGGGUUUUAGUCCAGCAUGUAGUAAAUCACUGCGUUUAGUCACAAAUUAAAUCCAUAAAUCUUGAAUAAUGUGGAACAACAAUCCUCCCGAAACCAUCGUGGUUUGGCACUUUGAACACUUCCCUACACAGCCCCUCCCUGUCACGUCGGGACGAAGAUAUUUAAAGUUAAAUGUGAGGAGGAACAGAUUCCAAAAGAAGUGAAAGUUUGUUUCUCUUUUUUAUCUUUUUCAAGUUUCACAUUAUUGCAACAAUGUUGUUUUUAUGUGUUUACUCAGUUAGCCGAUGACUGAAGUAACUCUUUUUACCCUAUUUUGCAGUUUUGCAGCACUUGUUGAGUUCUUCAUCAGUACUGAUAUUUAGUUGUGUGGUGCUGAGAUAUUUUACACAGGAGGUGCAUUUUUUUUUUCUCUCUGAUGUAAAAUGUUUGUAUUGUUACACGCUCGUGCUUGUGUUUUUUUACCACCUGAUAUUUUUUGCCAAAAGGGAAACUGCGCAGAGUAAGUUUUUAAAAAUAAAAAAACAAGGGAAAAACACUGUUAAGUGACUUCAUAAGGGACUUUAAUAACAUAAAAGCAACUUUUUAACUGUUUGAUCAGUUCUGUAGAGAGAAAACAACUCUGCCCUCUGCUGGUUGCACAGCAGAUUUUUUCCAUCUGAUCAGCAACAACUUUUCUCCUUUUUAAGAUUGACUAAUAUUUUUUCCCUUAUGUGGACUCUUAUCAUUUCUAUGUUUUUUAAUAAAUCAUGAAGCUAUAGUGCUAUACUGCUGUAAAACGUGUAAAGGAUCACAAAGGGACAAACUAUAGCUGAUCAGUAUUAUUUUGAAGAUGUAUUGAUUUAAAAAAAAAAAAGUACUUUACUAUAGCUGAACAAAAUGGAUCUUUUGAUGGCGUAUAUGAUGAAGGGAUUUAUCCUCCUGCUGCUGUGAAUUGAGAUAAUCUGCUGUAACACAAAGUGCAAUUGUACCAUUAUUUUCAUGAAACAUGACUGAUAAACAUGUAUGACAUACAAACCUCCAACCUGAAUAAAAGCGAAAUACGUGGUCUCUAAA